UUAUAUAUAUAUAUAUACACACACACACACACCAACAUAUAUAGAUGUUGGGAUUAGGGUAAGGUACAUCAACCCACUCAAGGCUAACUUUUUCUUGAAGCUCUCUUCACAACACACACACACACAUAUAUAUAAUAUAUACAGCUUCUGGUGCUUUGGAUCAGUAAACUGGUCAGAGGGUGCCCCAUCUAGAAGAAUUCUAAGAAAAGAUAGAGAAAUUAGGGUUAGAGGCUUAGAGCUGAAACAUCAUGAAGAAGCGUCAAGUGGUUGUUAAAAGGGGUGGAUCUGGAAGAACAUCUAGUACUUCUUCCAUGGUGAGGAGUGUGAGAUAUGCAGAGUGCCAGAAGAACCACGCGGCGAACAUAGGAGGGUAUGCCGUUGAUGGGUGCCGGGAAUUCAUGGCCAGCGGAGAGGAGGGGACGCCUGGUGCGCUUACUUGUGCCGCUUGUGGCUGCCACAGGAACUUCCACAGAAGGGAAGUGGACACUGAGGUAGUUGGUGAGUCUUCUUAGCCUUCUUCUUCUGCUUCUUCUUCUUCUAAUGGUGGUGUCUAGUGUAAAAGCAUAGAGAGAGAGGAGGAGGGUUGUGUGUAUGGUAAUUUGCCAAUACCAUCUGGUUUUGGUUUGUGUUUAAUUGUGGUUGGUAUAAUUGUACAAAAAUAAUUGAUUUUCACAUUGACAAAUUGAAUCCUGUAAUUUUAGUUGAGAUAUAUAUAUAUCAAGAAACUAAAUUGAGUGUGGUCAAAGCAUGCAAGAAUAAUUAAUCAAUUGUUUUGACCCUCUUGUUUCUUUCUCUA